AUGAUGAAGUCAAAAGGAUCGGAUGGUUGUACAAUAAUCCGUAAUAGCCGAGUGAUGUAUAUUGUUAUAUUAAUAUUAAUCAUAUUGAAUAGCCUUAAUGGUGUAGUAGUCACAGAUCAAAUCGAGCGAUUUACUAUCACCUCCUAUGUUGGGGAUGGUAAUGAGGGAAAUUCUGGAGAUGGUGUAUCCCCUAGUCAUGCUUCAAUUGGUUAUGUAGAUGCUAUUGAAGUAGGAUCGAAUGGAGAUUUGUACAUUGCCGAUAAAACAUAUCACAGAAUAAGGAAAGUAUCGAAUGGAAUUAUCAAAACAAUAGCAGGAACUGGAUCUUCAGGAGGGUAUUUUGGUGAUAAUGGUGUAGCGACAUCUGCCAAGCUCAACAAACCUCAAGCUUUGGCUUUUUAUAGUGGAGACGGGACUUUGUAUUUGGGUGAUUCUCUAAAUUAUAGAAUUAGAAAGAUAUCAACGAAUCAAAUUAUUUCCACAGUUAUUGGAAAAGGAACAAAAGGAGCUUUGACUGAAGGAACUGCAACCAGUUCUACUAUUGGUCAAGUAUUGGGAUUGGCAGUUUCUUCGAGUGGAGUCUUAUACUUUUCAGAUUAUACCUAUCAUUGUAUUGGUAAAAUUAGUGGAACGGUUGUGAGUGUAGCUGCAGGCACUUGUUCUCUGUUAGGAUAUGGUGGAGAUAAUGGUGUUGCCACAAGUGCUAAACUCAACAGCCCUAACGAUGUUGCCAUAUCACCAACAACGGGCGAGUUGUUUAUUGCUGACACUGGCAAUAAUGUUAUUAGAAAGGUUGGAUUAGAUAACAAGAUUAUCACAGUUGUUGGUACAGGUGUGAGUGGAUAUUUAGGAGAUGGAGGUCAAGCUAAACAAGCUCAAUUAAGCAGUCCAACAUCAAUAGCCUUUACAUCAGCAGGUGAAAUGCUUAUUUCUGACAGUGAUAAUUAUGUAAUAAGGAAGGUUUAUUCAAAUGGAAUUAUACGAACAAUUGCUGGAUCUGCAAGGAAUUCAGGGAGUGUGGGUGAUGGAACAGAUUCUCUGUCUGCUCAAAUUGAUUCAGUUUACUCAAUUUCGUAUUCAAAUAUUUCUAAUGAAGUUUUCAUUGCAGAUACUUCGAAUUUUAGAGUUAGAAAAUUGACCCAUACCAGCUGUGGUGGAGUUUUAUGGAAUAAUUCAACUGUUUGCUCUUCGUUUGGAGUUUGCUCUUACAUUGACCAUUGUGAUUGCUCAAAUGGCUAUAGUGGAAACCUUUGCCAAAAUUACUAUUGUUACUCAAUUGAAAAAGACCUCCCAGCAACUUGCUCUGGACACGGAACAUGCGUGUCUCCUAAUAAUUGUACAUGUUCAGAUUUUACAAUGUGGACAGGAAAAGAUUGUAGUUCUCCUGUUUGUUUUGGUAAAACCAAUGGAGAGAGCGGAGUGUGCAGCAAUCAUGGUAAUUGCUCCUCUCCUAAUUCCUGCUCAUGCAAUGAUUCUUGGAUAGGAAGUAGUUGUGAAAUACCUAAAUGCUUCAAUAUUCCUGCUAACUUUUCGGGAGUCUGCAGUGGGAGAGGGUUGUGUGUGACUGUCAAUAAUUGUUCAUGUAGUCCCAAUUACUAUGGAGAUAUGUGUCAAUAUUUUAAUUGUCAUGGAAUAAGGAAAGAUAACUCCAGUGUUUGCUUUGGGAAUGGUAUUUGCUCAAGUCCAAAUAAUUGUUCCUGUGAAGGAGUAUACUAUGGAACGGAUUGCUCAUUAUUCGAUUGUUUUGGUAUUGAGCAUUCAAGAGAGGAAGUAUGCUCGUAUAAUGGCUGUUGUUCUUCUUAUAAUAAUUGUUCCUGUCAUCAAGGAUACUAUGGAAUAGAGUGCAACAUGUAUCAAUGUUUUAACAUUGAACACAAUUCAACCUUAGUCUGUACUUCGAGAGGUGAGUGUAACUCUCCAAAUAACUGCACUUGUGAAGAAGGAUAUUUUGGAAAUAAUUGUCAGUACCAUCAAUGUUUUGGAAAGAAUGAAACGGACUGUUCAGUUUGCUCUUCAAAUGGUGAUUGCCAUUCCCCAAAUAAUUGCACAUGUUUCAGUGGAUAUUAUGGUUUAGAGUGUACUUUUUAUGAUUGUUUUGGGAUUGAGAGUUCAACAGUGGAUUCCUGUUCAAGAAAUGGUCUUUGUUCCUCACCAAACAACUGCACUUGUUAUGAAGGUUAUUAUGGAAACCAAUGUGAAAAGUUUACCUGUUUCUCAUUGGAAAACAAUUCAACAGCUGUAUGUUCAUCUAAUGGUCUAUGCGUAUCCCCAGGUAACUGUUCAUGUUUGGAAGGUUUUUAUGGCAAUAAUUGUGAACACUUUGAAUGCUUUGGAAAGAAUGAAACAGAGACAUCUGUAUGUUCCUCAAACGGAAUGUGUUUAGGACCUAAUAACUGUUCAUGCGAUGAUGGAUAUCAUGGACUGGAAUGUUCUCUUUUCGAUUGUUAUGGUUACUCUUCUAAUAGCUCAAAUGUUUGCAGUGGGAAUGGUAAAUGUGUCUCUAGUGAUGAGUGUUUAUGCUUUGAAGGAUAUCUUUCAGAAAAAUGUGAUGAAUUUACAUGUUUUGGAUAUCCCUCAAACCAUUCCUUAGCAUGUUCUUCAUUAGGGCAAUGUUUUGAUUACAAUAAUUGCUCCUGUUUUGAUGGUUUCAGUGGUGAUAGUUGUGAAUUUGCGUCAUGUUUUGGGGUUGUGAAUACAAGCCAGGAGGUCUGCUCAGGAAAUGGAGUGUGCAUCAAACCAAAUGAGUGUGAUUGUUUCUCUGACUUCUUUGGAGAUAGGUGUGAAAAUUUCUACUGCUUUGGAGUUUUGAAUAAUAAUACCAAUGUUUGUUCAGGUAAUGGUGAUUGCGUCUCAAGGGAUGUAUGUAAUUGUACAACUAGUGGUUACUUUGGUGUUGAUUGCUCUGACUUCUCCUGUUUUGGGAUUGAAAGGAAUGAUUCCAUAGCUUGCUCUUCAAACGGGUCCUGUGCAGGUCCUAACAAUUGUUCCUGCAACAUAGGUCACUACGGUGAUGAAUGUGAACAAUUUGAUUGUUUUAAUAUUUCAAAUAAUGAUCCAGGAACUUGUCAUUCAAAUGGAGAAUGUAUUGCCCCAAACUUGUGCAAAUGCGAAAAUGGAUAUGAAGGAUUAACGUGCAGCAAUUAUUCCUGCUUUAGCAUAGAUUUCGCCAGUGAAAAUGUAUGCUCAUCAAAUGGAAUAUGUACUUCUCCAAAUAAUUGUUCUUGCAAAGAAGGGUUUUAUGGAGCUGAAUGCAAUCUGUUCAACUGUUAUGGAAAAUCUUCACAGAGUUAUAAUGUUUGUUCAAGUCAAGGCUAUUGUAAAUCUCCUGAUAUUUGUGAAUGCAGAGAUGGUUUCUAUGGUAAAGAAUGUAAAAACUUUUAUUGCUUUGGUAUUGAGUAUUCAAAUACUAGUGUCUGCAGUCGUCAUGGAGAAUGUAAACAACUGAAUUCUUGCUCCUGUUAUCAAGAUGAUAUUAAGGGAUACUGGAGUGGAGAUAAAUGUGAUCAAUGCAUGCAUCCUUAUUUUGGAGAAGAAUGUAAAACAACACCAUGUAGUUCACCUUCAUCUUGUUCCUAUCAUGGUGAAUGCCAAAUGAAUGGAACAUGUAUAUGUUAUUCGAACCAGAAAAAUGGAUUUUGGAAAGGAACUAAAUGCGAGACUUGUUUGGAAAACUAUUUUGGUGCCAAAUGCCAGUUGAGCUUUAAAUCAGGUUUGAAAUUCUCAGACAAUGGCGAUAAGAUUUCCCUAGAAACUAAUGGAUUUUUUCCUUCUCUUUACUAUGUGGAUUGUAAAAAAGUGGUUCUGAAUAAUGAGCUUUUAGGAACUCUCCCGUCUUGUGAAUGGAAAAAUAGCACCUUUUAUAUUAAUCUUGGUGAAGAUUUUACAUUAAGACUAGGGGGCAUCCUAUAUAUCAAUGUGGAAGUACUAGGAGAGAAUUCAAAUGGCUCCUUUGUUGAAAUGAAUGUUAGUCCUCCAUCAUCCCCAUUGGCACCUACUGUGAGAAUAGAGAAACACUCAUUAUGUGAUGAUUUCAUUCUGGAUGGAUCGAAGAGUUAUAGUAGAGAUGUAAAGCCUGUCAUUUUUGAGUGGAGUGUUAUCUCUUUAGAUUCAAAGAUUAACACUAUCCUCCAGAAAGCCAACAAUAAUGGUGCUAAGACUGUCUUCUUCAAAUUCAAUGACUACUCCAGAGGUGUUCACAUUUUCAAACUGAAAGUGAAAAGUACCUUAUUCAAAACAGAAAGUGAAACUACCUUCACAUUUGAUAUGAACUCGGAUCCACAACCUCCUGUAUUCAUUGGUUCCAAAGUUGUUAGUGUGAGUGAUUUACCGAUUGUAUUCAAAAAGACAAUCAAUCCAAAUUGUGUAUCCUCUAACUUUACCUAUACUACAAGCUAUGCCAAGGUAGAUGGGCCUCCUCUAACAUUCUCUGUAAAUAACUAUAACAACUUGGUUAUUUCAAGAUAUUCUACACUGAUGGAUUCUCUCUAUUCAUUUUCAAUUGAAUUUAACUCGAUGAAUGAGUAUUUAACAUCUAAAUUUACAUCAACCUUUAACAUUCAAACUAGAAUUUCAGAGUUGGAUUUGCAAUUAUUCGCAGUAGAAGCCUCCUCGACAAAAUACGUUCUUGCAUAUUCCCUCACUGACAAUGACCACACAACAGAGAAGGAACAGAUGUUAUGGUCUUGUUUUAUGAACGGGGACACUUGUUCUUCUCUGUUAAAUUUCAAUUCUGAACCAAACUAUGUAACCAUUUUCAAGCCAGACAAUCAAAGCUUUUGGAAUGCUCCUAUAGAUAUAAACCUUAAUGUGGUGAAAGGUUUUAGGAAUGUCUCCUCCUCUUUACAAAUUAAUUUCCCUUUAGAUUCAAAGUUUGGCAUUCCACCAGUCAUUAAUCUUCUCUACAGCUCUGUGAACCCAAAGAGUGUAAAAAAGGGUGAGAUUUUAAAUCUUCAAGUUGGAAUUCAAGGAGUUGAAGAUAUCAAUCGCGUUCAAAGAAUUUGGAGGAUUAAUGGGACUAAAAUAGAUCAAGCAUUGCUAAAGAAAAUGAGAAAUCCAUUGUCUAUCUCAAACUCUAUUAUUAUAGAUACUCAAUAUAUGGAUGAAGGCGUUUAUAUUCUCACUCUAAGAGUGGAUGAUGAAUCUAGUUGGUUAUCUUCAACUUUGUCUUAUCAAUUCAGGGUUGUGAAAUUCCCAAAGCUGUGUGAAUGUUCAGUAACCCCUUCUCUUGGUUAUGCUCUUAGCACAGAAUUUUCUUUUAGAUGUCCAAAUUGUGAAACAGAACCCUCCUUUGAUUUUGAAUAUGGUUUUAUUGAUAAUUAUUCAGGUUUGAAUAUCCCAAUAGCCUCCAGCUCUGCUCAAUCAUCAAACAAAUCAAUGUCUCAAUAUUUACCAGUAUCAAAUUCUGGAACCUUAGAUCUCUAUAUUAAGAUUGUAGAUCAUGAUACCGACACUGAUAUGAUUGUCAAAACCAGUGUCGCCAUUAUUCCACCAACUGUUAGUGAAAUUACAGAAUUGAAAUCCCUCAUUUCGACUUGGACAAGAAGAUCUAUCCAGGAAAAGCAAGAAGAAACUCUUUCUCAAAAUGUAUUUAACACGGCAACCAUCACCUCAAUUGUUACAAUGAUUAAGGACCAACUAUUGUCAAACUCAACAACAAAAAGAAUUACCUCCACUUCAAAUGUUGAUGCAUUGAUAGAGGAGCUUAAAUUUGAUUUUAUAACCAAUUUGGCUAAUGAAGAAGUUGGAAGGGAAAAAUCUCUUAAUCCAUUAACUACUGAAUCUGUCACCAGCUUUAUUUAUUCAGCAUUUUCACUUUCUAAAAGUGUAAGCUCCCUAGAUGAGGGUAGAUUGUCGCUUUUGAUUCAUGCUUCUGAAAAAUGUUUGAGCGAAGCUUAUUCAAAUAAGAACAUUUUACUCUUAGAUGGAGUUGAAAAGUUGCUGUCAGGAUUUAUUUCAGUAUUGUUCGAAAAUGUGAACAAAUUAGAAUUCAACUUGAAAUAUGAUUCUGAGUUUUUGAAAUUUUCAACUUACAUUUCAGAAUUAUCCAAAAGAAAUAUGAUAUUAGGGAGUGAGCCAUCUAGUAGCAAUGUUGGUUAUUCAACCAUUACUUCAAAUAGACAUUUUGCUGAUGAGCUUUCAGAAAUGUAUAUUACAUCACAGAGUGUAAAAGUCACUUUACCAAAACUUGCCCUCUCAAGCGUGAAACCAUGGAGUUAUUCAUUAUAUUCCAUUAAUAAUCAAGGAAUAUACAAUUCAGAUUCGUUUGUGGUUGUAGAACCUAAACGAGUUAUCAAGUCAAAAACAAGCAUCAAAUCAAAAACAACUGUUUUCCUUUCAAUAGUCAACUCGAGUAAUCAAGUGGUAAAUAUGAACAACUUAACAGCCCCUAUCAUGUUUUUCAUUCCACUUACUGAACAAGUUGGCUACAAUAAUUCAAACGUUUUUUACAAAUAUGAAUGCAAGACUUUAAGUGAUGGAAAGAUUACUAAUGCACCUUCAUGUUCAUUUUCUCUGGCUGAUAACUCAACAGGCGUUUGCACAUGUUUUGAUAAUCAAAUGAUAGGUAUUUUAGAAAUAAGGGGAGAGAUCAUUAUUGUGGAAGAAGCUAAACCAAUUAUUCUUCCUGAAACAUUCUCUGGUAAUGAUAUUCUAUGGAUCCCUCUUGUUGUCAUGGCAGUUUUGAUAGUCAUUCUAAUGUUCACUUGUUGUAUCUUUAUUCUAAUUGGUUGCCUUAAACCAGAAACUAAAAUUGAAAAACCUAAACCUGAAAUGCAAUAUAAGAAUUUUGCUUUAAAUCCAAAGUUUGCCAAGAAAUUGGUCAAGAUUGGAGAAGUUGAUUUGGAGGAAAAUCCAAUGGAUAGUGAGUGGGAAAUGCAGGACAGUAGAAAAAAGUAA